UCACAUGGUUUCUCCCAUUUAAUCUGGGGACCAUUCAGGGGCUUGUAAAAGGCUUCUGUUGCUUCUUUAUUCAGGUUUUCUGAAAGGAUCUUACAAUAGAAAAUGGAACCCUUGGCUGGUCCAGGCACUCCAGGAGCAGAGCCAUUCACAGAUGCACAAGUCUUCGUAGCCAACUACGCUUCUGAGCUUGGCUUGUCGCCAGCUGGCGGGUGCAGUCCAGCCUACUUCACGGACUCUGGAGAGCUACUGGGGGGUCUUGGUGGACUAGGUGAUGUUGUCUGUUGGAGUGACAAUGUGGAUCACUGCAUCUCUUACCUGAACAAGGAAUUGGUGAUGCUGGGGCUCCCUGCCUUAUAUAAGGACGAUGGUUCUGGAGAUGGUGCUGAGCAUGGAUUUGACCUACUGGCAUUGGUGAAUGGCACUAGUGAGCUGCUAAAUCUGUAUCAAGCAGCAAUGGCCAAGCUGGGCGACAUGGAGGCAGAGGAUGUGCGGCGGGCAGGAGAACUGGAUUACCUGAGAAUGCGACAUGGCAAACUCAAGGUGAGAGCUUCCCAAUUCUAUAUUGCUUGUAAAAACAAAGAGCAGCAACUUCAAAGUAAGAACAAGCAGCUAAUUAGCAUGCUAAAGGAAGAAAAAGAUGAGAUCACUAAGCUCCAGAAUGCCCUUGCAACGCAGAAGAACCAGCUCCUCAUUGAAGCGAAGAAGAAGGAGCAAGAGCUACUGCGGCUUAAGGAAAAGAUGAACCAGCUGACGAUGGACAAGAAGCACCAAAGAGGAGGAACAAUUGACAUCCUCAAUGCCAUGCCUCGGGCUGAUGGCAGGAGGGGAACUUGGAAAACUGGGAAGUCUCUUGGCAGGAAGGAGGAGGAACUCUACCGCGUCCAGUUGGCCAAGCAAGAACAGCGGGAACAGGCCCUGGCUGAAGAGAAUGCCAAACUGAAGCAGCUGAUGAAUGAAGUGGGCCAUGAUCUGGAGGAACUGCUGCGCAUCAAGGGCAUGGAGCAAACCUGUCCGUACGAGACCUUUCAGGAACAGUGGCGCAGCCUUAAAAACAGGAUAAAGAUGCUCGGUUGGCAAGCUGUGGAUACCCUUGUUUCCCAGAUGUCUGAGGAAGAAGGGGAAGACCCUGUCAUCAGCGUGACAGAUCACGACAAGGAAAUAAUGAAGCUCAAGGGAGAGAUUGAGGAGAGCAGAGUGCAGAUCGCGCAACUGAAGCAGUGUUUACAGGAGCAGCUGUUUGCUGUGACCACUUCAGAGCUUCCAGCCCACCUGAAGGAUUCCUACUUCCUGGAAGAACAGCAGCGGCUUCAGGAGGAGCAGGAUUUGUUUGAGGAGCAGAAGCGGGCAUUUGAAAGAGAACGGGAAAACUUCACUGAGGCAGCUAUUCGGCUGGGAUGGGAGAGAAAGCAGUUUGAAGAAGAGAAGGCCCAGUUCCUGAAGCAAGAAUUCCUCUUGUCAUUUCCAAAGCUAGCUACUAGAGAUCCUAUUCGUAGGUUUUCUAUCCCAGUGUGUGCCAGAGAGGAGCAAGAGCGUGAAGACUUUCCCAAUAUAAGGAGGAGAGUCAAACCUGUCUGUACCCCUUACCCAAGGCCAAAGGUCAUUUUCACUCCACAUCGUACUUCCGGUGAGCUUUUCAGAAGAAGACAGCUUGCCUUUAACCCUGCCACACCCACCACAAGUAGGCAGAGAGCGUUGCUUGCAGAAAACUGGCCAGCUUCUCCUCCACUGUUCAGCCAAGUUAAGGAGAGCCACAAAGAAAUCGCUUGCCAAACAGAUACACUCAUGAAAGAGGACCCUCCGGGUGAGCUCUUAGAUCAAUUUCUGGACAACUUCCUCUAGAGAUAUCUUCCAGAAUACUUUUGUUUUUAAAUGCACUUUAUUCUGUUAAUGCCAUUUCAGUGUUAUUUUGGUGCUGUUGUAAUAGGAAGCUGAAAUGUUGGUGGAGUAGAAAUGUUGGUUCAAUAGGAACUUCAAUUAACAUCGUUUCAUAUGCAAUUCCAACAUUUAUUUAUUGCUUGUACUUGGAGGUGCUAGUAGUAUUAUGUUGUCUCUGUUAAACUAUGUAUACAAUGUUGUUUGUCGUCAUUGAUAUUUAUACUGGGAACUGCUCUUUAAGGAGCAGAAAUAAAAAUUGUUUUUAAGGA